AUGUCAGAUUUCAAGACGGAACUAAAUUUGUUCUCGAGAGAAGUGGAGCAGAAACAGCCUGUUGAUUUUCUCCAGUUUGCUGCGAAUUAUUUCAAUAAGAGGUUAGAGCAGCAACGUACUUUUGUGAGGAACCAGGAGUCAUUGGCACUAAGUAAAGGGAUUGUUUUGUUUCCCAGCACCACGAAACAUGAUUCUGUAGCUGCAUCAUCUGCUUCUAUUUCACAAGGAGGCAGCAAGGCAGGAACAGCCCCACCGGAGAACCUUGUUGAUGAGGACGUAAUGUUCAAGUCACCAUUUGGUGACCGUGGUCCACACUCUAAGGAUACUGUAGAGGAUGCAUCUGUGGAUUCAGGCGCACCAGAUGCACCAGAUAGCAACGUUGGGUUAGCUGGUGGACGUAACUCCCCGGGGUUAUUUAAGGGAGGAUUCAAUGUGGGGACAGAAUCCGGGAAAAAGGCCAAUGCUUCUUUGGACCCCAUGGCCCCUGAGCCUGCAUACCAGCAACACAACCGUCCAAGGAAGUCAGUGGUAAAUCCUAAACCAUUGCCUAUCAAUUUCAACGCCCAAAGACGUACUUCGGUGAGUGCGGAAACUUUACAACCGGACCAUCUAGAUAACUGGAAGCCAGAAAACUUCCAAGAAAAGACUCCUGAACAAAUUAAAAGGUUAGAGAAGGCUGUUGGAAGAAACUUCUUAUUCAAUAAGCUAGAUUCAGACUCUAAAAAGCUCGUGAUUAAUUCUUUAGAGGAAAAACAUGUGGCAAAGGGCGAAGAAAUCAUCAAACAGGGAGAUGAAGGUGACUAUUUCUACAUUGUGGAAGAUGGGACCGUAGAGUUUUAUGUGAACAACCAAAAGGUCAACACUUCAAGUUCAGGAUCUUCGUUUGGUGAGUUAGCUUUAAUGUAUAAUAGUCCGAGAGCAGCAACCGUUAUAGCAGCCACAGACUGUGUUUUAUGGGCUUUGGACAGACUAACUUUCAGAAGAAUUCUUCUUGGAGGCUCUUUCAAAAAGAGAAUUCUAUAUGACGAUUUGUUGAAGAAUAUCCCAAUCUUGAAAUCGCUCUCGACAUACGAUCGUGCAAAAUUGGCAGACGCAUUGGACACGGAGUAUUACGAAGCCGGUGACGUUAUCAUCAAAGAAGGCGAUACCGGUGAAAACUUCUACUUUAUUGAAUAUGGUGAGGCAGAAGUUUCCAAAGAAAACCAAGGUGUUAUAACAAAGUUGGGCAAAGGUGAUUAUUUCGGUGAAGUUGCUCUUUUGAACGACUUGCCAAGACAAGCUACAGUAACUGCUACGACAAGGACUAAAGUAGCCACUUUAGGCAAGAGCGGUUUCCAAAGACUAUUGGGGCCUGUUGUUGACGUGUUGAAGCUAAACGACCCUACUAGAUCAGAUCAUUAA